AUGGAAUCGAUUGAGAAGAACACUGAAGCACCCUCGGUGACGAGGAUAGAGACGCAAAACCGUUCACCAGAUGCCGACAAGAAAGAUGUUGUUCCCAUUGAGGAGGAAGCGGUGCUGGACGCGCAGCAUAUCAACCUCAGCUGGAGGUCGUGGCUUGUGGUUUUUGUAACAUGUUUUGCAAUUAUGGCGCAGGUGUUUGUCGUCGUUGCGGCAGGAUCAGUAAUUGCUUUCAUCGUUCGCGAUCUGGGUGAUUCUUCUAUCUCUGGUUGGGUGAUUCAGGGACCACUCCUGAUGCAGAGUGUCCUGUCCCCGAUUGUCGGUCGCCUCUCUGAUGUUCUUGACCGCAAGUAUAUCGCGGCCGUCCCGCCCCUCAUCGCUUGUGUCGGGGCCAUCAUCUCGGCCAAGGCCACCUCGAUGAGCAUGCUUAUCGGCGGUGGCAUCCUCAUCGGCACAACACUUGCCACCAUCUCCAUCGUGCAGGCGAUCCCCUCAGAGAUCUUGCCACUCAAAUAUCGGGCUCUGGCGAACGGCUUUGCGUUUAUGGGUGGCGCUAUUGGCGGAGUUAUUGGAAGUCUUGGUGCUGGUGCUGUGACCGACCUCAACGAGCAAGGCUGGCGAUACAUCUUCUGGAUGCAGGCAGCCUUCCACGGGGCCACCUCUCUUGGCCUGUUUCUUUUCUACUGGCCGCCCAGGCAACAACGAUUACACCCGGAGAUGCGCAUCAGAGACUAUAUCUGGGCUUGUGAUCCCGUGGGUUCUGCGCUGUUUGUCUGCAGUGCCACUCUUCUCCUCCUUGCUCUAGACUGGGCUGGCGGCUCGUAUGCAUUUUCCGAUCCUCAUGUUGCCGUUCCUCUGGCCUUGGGUCUUGGAUUGUUGUUUGUAUUUGCAGGCUAUGAGUGGCGAGGGCGGUCCGAUGGUCUCCUGGCCCAUGUUUUCUUCCGCAACAACGCAAAUUUUGCACUUUCUACAUUUGCCUUCGCCGUGGAAGGCUGGAUCUUCUACAGCGCCGUCAACUCGGUCGUCCCACAGAUCAUUCUCAAUCUGGGUUUCCAGACCAACUCGUGGCUCAUCUCGAUCCGGCAGCUGAGUUACACCCUCCUCACCAUGUUUGCCUCGAUUCCGAUCACCUGGUAUGCGACGGCAUACAAGGACAUGAAAUCACCGUUGAUAGUCACAUUUACUAUAUUUUUGGUUGUAUCCAUCUGUUACGCCUGCAUUCAACCGUCAUGGAAUAAAGCCCAGAUAGGCUUCAGUGUGCUCGCGGGUAUUGGACAGUCCGGGCCUCUUACUCUGCUCGUCGCCUGUGUUCAGUUCACAGCACCUCACGCUUACCUGUCGACAGCCACAGGUAUGGCCUUCUCUGCUCGAGCUAUCGGAGGCGCCUUCGGUUCUGCCGUCCUGGACGCAAUUAUCAACGGCCGUCUGGCCACGCACUACGCCUCCGCCGUAGGCAAAGCAGCAGUCCAAGCCGGACUCCCCGAAGCCAGCGUUCCCGACCUCCUGACUGCUCUUGCGUCAGGCGUGCUUACGGGAGUGGAGGGUGCCACGUCGGCGGUCUGGGCGGCGGCUGUGGAUGAGAGCAGGUGGCAGUAUGCGAAGGCUUAUCAGCUGGCGUGGGCCAGCGUGAUUCCGUUUGUCGUACUGGCGCUGGUGGCUGUGAUAUUCCUGAGAGGGGUUAAGGAGCUUAUGACAGAGAAGGUUGAGGCGACGGUUGAGCAUGUUGACCAGCAAGGUUUGGAAGGCUCUGGGAAACAAGACUUGCCGUAG